GGCCCGAACCCAACUCCCAAGCCCUCAGACGCGGGCGGCGCAUCCCACCCGUGCGGCCGCUGCCGCCUCCGCGACAAUCCUCCGUAUCGAUGGGAAGCCGCUCACUGAUAGAAAGAUGGAAUCUGUCUCAUCUCCUGCACUGUGUCUCUCCUCCGAUCCCGACCUGCCAUCCUCCUCUUAUUUCCAGGUCCCGCACCAUCCUUGAAGAUUUUGAUCGAGGGGGAAGAAUCACAGGUUCCCUGCCGCCGAGGCUUUGGUCAAGUGCUAGCCCGAGAAGGUGGACUGCCAGAAUUGUGAAUGGUUUUUAUGCUGGUGGUUUCCGAAAUAUUCACACCAGUCAACCACUUAGCAAUACAGGCCAGGUUGUAAUGGAUCCUCAAAAGGAUACACAAAAUGUGGUACCUGUUUAUGACCAUAGCACCACAAAAGUAAAGAGGAAAAAGUUGAAAGGCAGAAGAGCUGUUGUAAAGUGGCUCAAGUUCUUUAGGUGGAAGAAGAAAAAGGAGUAUGAAAGAAUGACCGCUGAAGAGAAGAUAUUAUACAAAAUGAGAAAGGCUAAAAGAAAGGAAGAACGGCUUGUUGAGGCAUUGAAGAAAAUUGAACCUGCAGACUCAUCAGAGCCUACCCAUGACCCAGAGAUACUUACUCCAGAAGAGCACUUCUACCUCCUCAAGAUGGGUCACAAAUGCAAAAACUAUGUACCCGUUGGAAGGCGUGGUAUUUUCCAGGGAGUGAUUCUCAACAUGCAUUUGCACUGGAAGAAGCAUCAGACAUUGAAGGUUAUCGUGAAGACAUUCACCCCAGAGGAAGUUCGUGAGAUUGCAGCAGAAUUGGCUCGAUUAAGUGGAGGAAUUGUGCUCGAUAUCCAUGAGGAGAAUACAAUUAUUAUGUACAGGGGAAAGAACUAUGCACAACCUCCAACGGAGAUUAUGUCCCCGAAGGUUACUCUUUCAAGAAAAAAGGCCCUUGAUAAGUCCAAGUAUAAAGAUGCCUUACGGGCUGUCAGGAGGUAUAUUCCUAAGCUUCAUCAAGACCUUGGCGAUCUACAAGAGCAGAUGAAAAGAGAGGGAGAAAGUAAAAGUAAGACAACUGAAGAAGCUGUUUCAAAUGCUGUUGAUAACAGAAUAAUUUCCGAUUGCCAAAUGAAAAGCUCAGAGGUGCUUGAUGUACUAGAAGAUGGAAACAGUGAGCCAGUUGAAGAUGAUUCGUUGAUGGAAUCAAGUUCUUGGUCAGAGACGGAAGAUCUGUCAGACAUGUUUGAGACAGAUUCUGAUAUGGAGGUGAUGGAGAAAUCAGAGCGUCCUCUGUAUUUAGAUGAAGUGGAAAAAUUUCCAUCAAAUAUUGAUGAGGAGCCAAAGGAUUUUGAGGAGCAUCUACGUCAAAUUGCUGCUGCCUCAAAGCGGAUUGACCUUUCUACUAAAGAUGUAAAACUGGCUGACUUGGAUGCCGUUGAUAAGAUUUUCUUAAGAGCCAGCUCCUUAUUGAAGAAAAGAAGAUAAUGUACAACCUGAAGUACAUGGUUAUUCCAUUAUUCUUCUUAAGCAUAUCAUUUGGAUUCCUUGUCCAUCAUACUUAGCUCUGGAAAAUCUUCCGAGAUGUACUGCACGGAUACUCCCUUAAUAUGUUUAGUAUUGAUUUUCUCAUUGUAUGUCCAAUUUUCUGAGAGAAACUAAUUAAUUUAUUUUACCUACGUAAA